AAAAUUGGUUUCCAUUGGCGUUACAUAAUUUUUAUGACGCGCGUAAUAUUUACGUUAAAGUAAAGAGCCACCUUUUAAUAUUUUGAACUGAAUGAUUGGUUACUGCCUAGUAAUCAGAAGGAAAUAUCUGAUAUAGGAAACAGUCACUUAAGCGACAUAAACAAAAUAAGGCGUUGACGGUUAUUAAUUUGCGUCCUGUUUACCAUGUUUUCUCAUUGUUGACAUGUUGCACUCACCGUUCCACAAGUUUAAGAAUUGAUCGCUUCUGAAUGUAUGACAUUAUAGAAUGGUUGUCGAGGAAACAGUAUUUUCAGUUUAAGCCAAGGAAGACACAAAUAAGGAAGAGGAAAGUCAUAUUAUUGUGCGACUAAUACCUUCCGGGCAUUAUUCAGAUUUUGACCAUCAUAAAGAGAAUACAUCAACCUGCAUUUGUUUAAAGUUAAUUAUUAAAGUUUCAAAGCUGUGUAUUUGUUUUAAAACUUGUCUGUUAUUUGUACAUGGAAAUAUAGAGUUCAAUAUUACAUAAGUAACCAUGGCAAUGGGUGGUGACAAUAUAUAUCAAGACAUUACUGCGAUCAAAGAAAGGAGCGCAGAUACUUACGAAACUUACAGACUUGAGGAACUAAGUAGAUGUGGGAACGACCAUGUUUUAGCUAGAAACAAUAAUAGUUCCAGCUGUAGUUGUUGCCAUGACAGCGUUAAUACAAGGACUUGUUUAGCUGUGUUCCUUGUGAUAGUUGUGUUAGGCGCAGUCGGCGCGGGGGUUGGGAUGUUUAUUAAGGAAACCACAGAUAAAAACUGCGAGUGUCAUUUCACUAUGCCUGAUGGAUAUCUAGCUCAAGGUCAAACUGGAAACCAUGAGAAAAGUGGACAGACCGUAUCGUCCCUGGAACCAAGUACGACAACUGUAACUUCUAAACAAACAGAAGGAACAACAACACAGCCGGAGAUAGUGAAGCUUGGUACAACGGUAUACACAAGAUGGGGCAGAACAGAGUGCACGAACACAUCAUCAAAGAUAUAUUCAGGUUACACAGCCGGAAGUUCGCAUAGCAACACUGGUGGAACAGCCAGCGUUCUUUGCCUUCCCCAAAUUCCUCAGUAUGGACAGUUCAGGUCCGGUCGCUCUAACAGCUACUUGAGAGGUGCCGAAUAUGAUGCUUCUAACGCAGAUCUAGAAAAAAUAUUCGGCGACAGUAUUCAGAAUAAUGACGUACCAUGUGUCGUCUGCGAGGGUACAGGACGUAGCACCACUAUAGUCUUUCCUGCACGUCAAUACUGUUACGAGGGCUGGACCCUGGAGUAUUCCGGGUAUUUGAUGUCAAGCCAUAAAGAUGACAAGAGGUCCAUCGACGCUAUUUGUGUUGACAGUAAGCCAGAAGUUCUUCACGGUCAAAGUGUGGACUCGAAUGGGGCUCGCUUUUUCUUUAUGGAGGUAGAUGGACAGUUACCUGUGCCGCCUUACGACAGAGAGGCGGAACUUACAUGUGUCGUCUGCUCAAAAUAACUUGUCAGUUUCUUAAUAGUAUAUUCCCUCAUAUAUAGGUUAGGGGCUUUUCAGAAAAUGGAAAUAAAUGUAAAUAGUUAACCCAUCUUUAAACAAAAAAUUAUUUUAUUGAUUAUAAAUAUGCUGUUUCAAUCUAGAAUAAAAAUGUAUAUACAUGUACUUUGUAAAUUAGCUUCAUAAAGAAAGAUAGUAUGAUUUCAUUCAACUUGACUAAAUUUUCAAAUCGAUUCUAUUUCAAGAGAAUGGUAAAAAUGUCCUUCUAUUUUAAUAAAUUCUCAAUAUAAGUACAUGAACUAGUUAUUGAGCAUCAAUCUGACAAAUCCAUAUUCCCUGAUCUUUAUAUGAUUUUCUUGAUGUAUUAUUGACGUGUUAUAAAUGAGGUGCACUCUCAUCUAGUGGCUGUCUCUUACAUCUCUUGAAAUUUAUCAAAAUGUACCAAAUUCUUCUAUGGCACAAUAGAAUUAAAUAAAUUCAAACACGGCUUGCCAGAUUUUAAGUAAAGGUAUUAAUAUACAUGUACUUAAUAUGUACAAACAUUUGUAUCUUGUAAUACUUAAAUCCAGUCAUACAUGAAGAAGAUAUGAUUGGGAUUUUAUUGUCUCUGAUGACCUUGUAAAUAUUGACUUGCACCUUUCUGGUUAAGACAGUCUCCUGCUUGUGAGCAUUUUCCAUCAUAUAAUCACUCAGUUCAUGACUAAUAAAUUGUCCAUACCCACACAAUCAUCUGAACUUUGACCUCGGCCACAGGGACCAGACUUUUGUGUGUGACACUCGCCCUCACAAUGGUUUACAUUUGUGCCAAAUAAUAUUAAAAUCAUUUUAUACAUGUAGAAGUUUUGCUCCGAAGAAGCCUUCAAGUUUGACCUUGACUUGGUUCAUGUGG